CGUAUUCGCUAUGGAGGCCUCUGCAAGACUGUUGAAUCCUUCCAAUUUCAACCGCCAACUUUCUCGUUCCGUUAUCAUCAGAAAAUCUCUGAAAUUCCCGCUAAAACAUUCUUUGUCGCUUUCAAACCGCUCACAAAACCCUAACAUAUUUCUCUCUUCAAUCCCAUUCGUUUCGGGCCGUUGUCACAAUGUCGUCGUCAGGAAUCGUCUUCAUGCCAUUUGCUUUCAGUCUAAAUCAUUCUUCGUUUCUCAAUCUUCGAUCCCCUUCUGUAAUUCGAAUUCAUUAGGGUUUCUUCUUUCAUUGUCUGCAUCUCAGAUCUUUAACUCUCGGGUUUCGGACAAGCGUUUUGAUCGUAUCGUCUCUGAUCCGAAGGAGAAGAUCUUCGAGUGGAGUCGAGCUCCAGUAUGUGUUAAUGGCGGAGAUUUAGGGGCUAUAGGAAAAGGAGAACCUGUUUUGACUGUGGUUUUGUUAGGUUGGCUUGGAGCUAAGCGGAAGCACUUGAAGAGGUACGUGGAGUUGUACACGUCGAGGGGGAUUCACGCAGUGACGUUCGUUGUGCCGGUGAAGGAUGUGCUGCACUUUGAUUUGGGAAGGAGAGUCGAGAAACGGAUAUCGGCGUUGACUGAGGAGCUCGUUUCGUGGGCGUCUGAGCGGGAAGAAGAUGGACGCGAGCGGUGCUUGCUCUUCCAUACUUUCAGUAAUACUGGGUGGCUAGCCUAUGGUGCCAUAAUCAACAACUUGCAAUGCAGAGCUGACACUCUUCAGAGGAUCAAAGGAUGCAUCAUUGAUUCUGGAGGGGACCCAGAAAUAAACCCUCAGGUCUGGGCAGCAGGAUUUUCAGCUGCAAUUCUGAAGAAACGCAGCUCUUCAACAUACUAUUCGGAGGAAGCUGUAGAAGGAAAUGGAUCAGAGAAUGAUAAGAUCACAUCAAAGAUGCAAGCAGAGACACCACUGAUUGAGGCUGCACUUCUGACCAUCUUGAACAAGUUCUUCUCUGUUAUCCUCAAGAUUCCUGAUGUGAAUCAGAGGUUAAACAGGAUCAUCAAUGUCCUUUUGAACAACCAGCCUUCUUGUCCUCAGCUAUAUCUGUAUAGCACAGCUGACAAAGUCAUUCCAUUUGAGUCAGUAGAGUUAUUUAUUGAAUACCAGAAAGGGAUGGGGAGAAACAUAUUGGCAUAUAACUUUCACACAUCACCGCAUGUAGACCAUUAUAGGACUUUCCCUCACAUAUAUGCCGAAGAGCUUCAAAAAUUCUUGAAGGAAUGUAUCAACAAUGCGAGCCAGACAUCAAAGCUCAUGCCAUCAUCUGAACCUGUUUGAUGAACUGCCAGGUGAUCCCUUUAACUGCUAGAGGGCCGAUUGGUACCAGAAAGUCUUUGAAGGACGAACUGCUGGCAUUGCUACAAGGUCUCAAGCUAGCUAAACAGUUGGGAUUCACACCCUUUGGACUUUCAAACAUGUGAUUGGGGAAGUGGAAAGAUUGUAAUGGAUGUAAAGGCUGAAGUCAAGUGGGUCAGGAGUGCAAAUGGGCUAGCUGAUUCCCUUGCCAAACAAGGGGCUUUGGGGCAGUAACUAUUCUGGGUGGCUAUGUAACUUAGAACUGAAAAUUGUAUUAAUUUGGGGUUAAAAGUUGGGAAUGACACUCCCAUCACCAAAUUGUACUAAUUUUCUGUGGUUUAACCUUAAUAAUAAAUAAAAUAUAUUUCUUGCUUAUCCAAAAA